UUGCCAUUCACCUUAACCUUUGUCACUUUUUUCUAGACUGGUACGUAUUUGCAAUCAUGAAGAAAUUUAAACGUGGCUUUACAUAGCAGCGGUGAUUUUGUAAUGCCGUUAUUAUGAAUGGCAUGAAUGAACAUACGAACUAAUUCUGCAGUCAAGAAUGCUCGAUCGAAUUUACAUAUUAUUAAUCAGUGUCGUCGCGAUAUCCCACUUAUCACAAGCCCAGUUGCUGGAAGGCUUGUAUUGUGGAAAAGAAAAUUGCUAUGACGUACUUGGUGUUACAAGGGCAUCCAGCAAGAAUGAAAUUGCGAGAAGUUAUCGACAGCUAGCAAAGAAAUACCAUCCAGAUUUGCAUCGAGAUCUCAAAGCCAAAGCAGAAGCGGAAGAAAAAUUUAAAAUAGUCGCUAAUGCUUACGAAAUUUUAAAAGAUGAAGAGUCAAGAACUGAUUAUGAUUAUAUGUUAGACAAUCCGGAUGAAUAUUAUGCUCACUAUUAUCGAUACUAUAGAAGACGUGUAGCGCCAAAGGUAGAUGUACGAAUUGUAAUUUUUGUUACAAUAUCCAUCAUUUCGAUUAUACAGUACUACAGCGCGUGGCAACGAUAUGAAACUGCCAUUAAAUAUUUCAUGACAGUACCCAAGUAUAGAAAUCGAGCAUUGGAAAUUGCCCAACAACAAGGAUUUCUAGGAACAGAUGCAGGUCAUAAAAAACGUGGAAAAAGUAAGUCGGAACAGAAAGAAGAACAAGAAUCGAUCAUACGAAUGGUUAUUGAAGAGAAAAUGGAUAUAAAAGGGGCAUAUGCAAAACCUACGUUUUUCGAUAUCCUUUGGAUACAAUUAAUUUUAUCACCGUACACGUUGGUAAAGUACAUUUAUUGGUACUUGUCGUGGGUGUGGAACCAUUCCAUUCUUAGGAAACCUUACACCGAAGACGAGAAGCUUUACAUUAUACGAAAGUACAUGAACAUGGGGCAGCAUCAGUUUGAUUCGAUCGAAGAUCACGAAAAAGCCGAGUAUCUAAAAAAUCAACUGUGGAUUAAGCAAAAUUAUAAAGUGUGGCAAAAAGAGAAAGAAGAAACUAUGAAAAAACAGUUGGCAGAAAAUUCCAGGUACAAGCAGUACCGCAGGUACAUAAAAAAUCAUGGCGUAGGUAGAAUGACCUUCGACGAUUCUUAAUAAGGCUGUUAUAUGUUGAUGUAUUGUGUGAUAAAUGUAAAAUAAUAAAAGCUAAAAGUUAUUCGAAUCCAA